CGUCACGGACAUGGCGACGUUUUGUCGCGCCUUUACGUUUCUGAAUCAAGGAGCUUGGAGAUGCCUGAAUUUGAUGUUUCAGAUAUUUUAUAGUUUAAAUGAAUGGCGCCAAAACAGGACCCUAAGCCUAAAUUUCAAGACGGUGAACGAGUGCUGUGUUUUCAUGGGCCAUUGCUCUACGAGGCUAAGUGUGUUAAAAUAAACAUCAAGGAAAAGCAGAUCAAAUACUUCAUUCAUUAUAGCGGCUGGAAUAAGAACUGGGACGAAUGGGUUCCUGAAAGCCGUGUACUUAAAUAUGUGGACAGCAACCUGCAGAAACAGAAAGAGCUCCAGAAGGCUAAUCAAGACCAUUAUGUUGAGGGAAGGAUGAGGGGACAGGGAGUAGCACCAAAUAAGAAGAUAGCUGGCGGACCUGCGCCGCAGCAGAAAAACCUGGAUAUGACGAAAACGAAAAAGAACAAACAGAAGUCUCCUGGGGGAGGUGAGGGGACCAGCGCCUCCGGGGAGGUGCUCCACCCUCCGAGGAGGAAGAGGGCACGCGUUGACCCUACUGUGGAAAGUGAGGAGACGUUCUUGAACCGAGUGGAGGUGAAAGUGAAGAUCCCGGAGGAGCUGAAGCCCUGGUUGGUGGAUGAUUGGGACCUCAUCACCAGGCAGAAACAGCUCUUCCACUUGCCAGCGAAAAAGAAUGUUGAAUCUGUCCUGGAAGAUUAUGCAAAUUACAAGAAGUCGAGGGGUCACUCUGACAACAGGGAGUUUGCUGUGAGCGAGGUUGUAUCCGGUAUUAGAGAGUACUUCAACGUGAUGCUCGGGACCCAGUUGCUCUAUAAGUUUGAGAGGCCCCAGUACGCUGACAUCCUGUCCAACCACUCGGACGCCCCUGUGUCACAGAUCUACGGAGCUCCGCACCUCCUCAGACUGUUCGUGAGGAUUGGUUCCAUGCUGGCCUACACGCCUCUGGACGAGAAGAGCAUGGCCCUACUGGUCAACUACCUACAGGACUUCCUCAAGUAUCUUGUGAAGAACUCCACAACCCUGUUCAGUGCCAGUGACUAUGAAGUCGCGCCCCCAGAGUAUCACCGAAAAGCCGUUUGACGCCGACGUACCAAUGGGAGAAUGAGGUGCUCUCUGUCGGUCAUCGUAUCCACAACAUUUCUUACCCACACAAGGGAAGUUACCUCAGAGGAAUCUUUGCGUAAACCGAAGGUUUGAACAGAUGAAGACUUGUGUGUCCAGAAUGGUAUCCUAUUCCAUACUUCUGACCAGGGCCAAUGGGUUAUAAACUGUACUUAUGGUGUUGGGUGCCUUUAUGGAAUAACAUUUCAUUCAUAUCUGCGUUGUAUGCUAAUUCAUACCUGCGUUAUCGGUAUGUUCUGUAGUACCACUUUAGACUCUAGCGCACGUUGCUGCCUACUCGCUCUGUCCACUGUUAAACCAAACCAACUGUGUGUCUGCACCAUGUCUUUGGUCAUAAGCUGGGUGCUUUUUUUAUUUCAUGUUUUUGUCUUAAAGUUAGCUGUUUAAAAAAAAAAUAUACAAAUUAUAAUAAAUGUUUUUCAUUCUCGAUGGAAAGCGUGCUUUUGGAUUUGUAAGUCUUUGGUAAGGCCCAGUGAACAAGCUUACUGUUUUUGUAAAGUUUUGGUUUUGAAAUCAAACUAACUCUUAAUAUGUUAAGCCUCCUGUUAUCCUGUUAUUAUAAAUGAAAACCUUAAUUGUCUAGCCUGGUUAAAAAAAAUUGUUAAAUAAAUCAUUGGAGUCA